CUGAGAUCCCCUGGCAGCAGGACAAGUCUCUCCACUGGGCUCUUUCUCCUGCUUUGUGCUUUCCUGCCUUCUGAAAUACCUGGGAAAGAAGCAACCAUGAGGGAUGGAAACUAAACUGAAAGCAGGAUUCUCACCUAAUCACAUGCUUUCUAGGAGUCAAGACACUAAGAAAAACACCAAACAGCUUGAGACUCAUGAGAAAACCAUGAGAAGUGGCAAUACUGCAUUCUGCAGACCUUGUACACUUGCUGAGUUAACUACUGCAUGAAGCAGUUGAGACAGUGCAUUUGGAGGGGAAAGGGAUGCAAGGUGGAGGUCAUAGGAUGCAAAAGUCAAAGGAGAGAAGAUGAGUUGAACACCGUGGGUAUGAGGGAUGGAAGAUGGAAGUGAAUCUCCUGGACACAAGCACUGCACAGAAUGAACUGGGCUGGCUUCCGGAUCCUCCAGAAACAGGAUGGAGCGAGGUGCAGCAGAUGAUAAACAGUACCCCCAUCUAUAUGUACCAAGACUGCAGCGUGCUCUCGGGGGGCGACACUGAUCACUGGCUCCGGACCAACUGGAUCUACCGAGGUGAGGCAGCCUCCCGCAUCUACGUGGAGCUAAAGUUCACUGUGCGUGACUGCAAGAGCUUCAAGGGAGCGGUAGUGACCUGCAAAGAGACCUUCAAUCUUUACUACAUGGAGUCAGAGCAGGAUGUCGGCAUCCAGUUCCGUCGCCCCCUGUUCACCAAGGUCAACACAGUGGCAGCAGAUCGGAGUUUCACAAGCCGGGACAUUGAGUCAGGCGUUAUGCAGCUGAAUGUGGAAGUGUGCCCCAUACGGAAGCUGUCUCAGCGCGGAUUCUACCUGGCUUUCCAGAACUCUGGGGCAUGUGUGGCUCUGGUCUCUGUCCGGGUAUAUUACAAGACCUGCCCAGAAACAGUGGUGGGACUGGCUCACUUUCCAGAGACACUGGCAGGCUCAGAGGGGCUGACAGAGGUGCCAGGGGUCUGUGUAGAGGACGCAACCGAAGAAGCAGGUUUCCCACCCAGGAUGCAUUGCAGUGCUGAUGGGGAGUGGCUGGUGCCAAUGGGCCAGUGCCUGUGUGCUGUUGGGUUUGAGGAGGCUGACAGAAGCUGUGUAGCCUGCCAGCGAGGAUUCUACCGUCACUCCCCAGAGACUGAGCACUGCCUCAAGUGCCCCCCAAACAGUUCAUCCAGUGCUACAGGGGCCACAGCCUGUCCCUGCAACCCGGGCUUCUACCGGGCACCCACUGAGAGUCAAAGUGUUGCCUGCACUCGCCCCCCUUCUAGUCCCCGCAAUGUCAGCUUCUCCCUGGUGGGGACGCAACUUUCUCUUUGGUGGCAGCCACCCAGCGACCAUGGUGGGCGCAAGGAUCUGACCUACAGCAUCUCAUGCCAGCGCUGCUCUGUCCUGGCAUGUGAGCCAUGUGAGGCUAGUGUGGUCUUCUCCCCCAGUGCCUCAGGCCUCAACAAUACAUCCAUAGAUGUGAAUGGUCUAGAGGCUUAUACCAACUACAGCUUCACUGUGAAGGCACGUAAUGGUGUCUCAGAGGUCAGCCCUUUCCCCCAGCGGACCUCCCCUGCUGUCUGGGUCUCUGUCGGGCAUGCAGCUCCAGUAACAGUGUCCCACCUGACUCUCACCCAACGUGAUGACAGCAGCCUGUCUGUGUCUUGGCCAGCCCCACGACACCGCAGCCGGAGUUCAGUGCAGUACGAGGUCAUGUACUUUGAGAAGGGAGAGGAUGCACACUACACAGUGAAGCAAUUCCAUGAACCCAAUGUGACCCUGAGGGACCUGCAGCCGGACACAGCCUAUCUGCUCCGUGUGCGCUCCAUCACGCCUCUAGGACCUGGCCCCUUCUCCCAGGAACAGGAAUUUCGCACCCUCCCGUCAGACACCGGGGCUCCAUCUGGAGGGGUGCUUGUCUCCAUUGUCUUCGGAAUCCUACUGUUUAUUGGACUGGUUGUGGGAAUCUUCAUCUUCACACAAAGGAAAGCCCGUUGUCACCAAGCACGGCCAGACUAUGACAUCUCAGCCUUCGACCGAGAGGAGAAGGUCUGGUUGAAGCCCUAUGUGGAUCUACAGCCCUAUGAGGACCCGAGCAGGGGGGUCUUGGAGUUCACCAAGGAACUAGAUGUGGCCUAUGUCACCAUGGAGAAUGUUAUUGGGGAGGGGGAGUUCGGGGAGGUCUAUCGCGGCACCUUGCGCCUGCCAGGGAAGGAGCGCAUUGUGGUUGCUAUCAAGACCCUGAAGUCAACGUAUUCGGACUCUCAGUGGUGGAAUUUUCUGCGUGAGGCAACAAUCAUGGGCCAGUUCAAUCACCACAACAUCGUGCACCUGGAGGGGGUCGUCACCAAGCGGAAGCCGAUGAUGAUCAUCACUGAGUAUAUGGAGAAUGGUGCCCUGGACAUGUUCCUCCGGGAGAACGAGGAGAAGUUCAGCUCUGUACAGCUGGUGGUUAUGCUGCAGGGCAUUGCCUCAGGCAUGACCUACCUCUCAGACCGCAACUACGUGCACCGGGACCUGGCUGCCCGCAACAUCCUGGUAACUCACAGCCUGCAGUGCAAGGUGUCUGACUUUGGCCUGUCCCGGAUAUUGGAAAACGAUGUGGAGGGGACGUACGAAACUAAGGGCGGGAAGAUCCCCAUCCGCUGGACAGCACCCGAGGCCAUUGCCCAUCGGAUCUUCACUUCAGCCAGUGACGUCUGGAGUUACGGCAUUGUCAUGUGGGAGGUGCUGUCCUUUGGGGACAAGCCCUAUGGAGACAUGACCAAUCAGGAGGUGAUGAAGAGUAUAGAGGAUGGGUACCGACUCCCACCCCCUGUAGACUGCCCAUCCAUCCUCUAUGAGCUCAUGAAAGGCUGCUGGUCACAUGAUCGCAUGCGACGGCCCCGCUUCCAGGAGAUCCAGGGCCAGCUAGAACACUUCAUCUCCAGCCCCCAUUUACUCCGAUCUGUUGCAGACUUUGACCCCAGGGUGACGCUGCGGCUCCCCAGCUGCAGUGGGUCUGAUGGGAUCCCUUAUCAGUCAAUCCCAGAAUGGCUGGAAUCCAUCCGCAUGAAGCGGUAUAUCAUCAACUUCCGCACUGCUGGCUUGGACACCAUGGAAUCCAUCCUGGAACUCACUACUGAGGACUUGAAAAAGAUGGGGGUGUCGCUUCCAGGCCACCAGAAGAGGAUUCUCUGUAGCAUCCAGGGCUUCAAGGAGUGACCGGGCCUCAGGCCCUCAAGCUACCAACAUUCCCAAGCCUACUGGGUAUCACUUGGAGCCAUUCCCAGGGCAGUUGUUUCCAAGAAGGGAGACUGAGGUGAUCAAAGCAACUAACAGGACAAAAAGAACUCUCCUGUAAAAUCUGCCUGCUCCAUCCAUGUGUGAGUCUGCACCGAGGUUGCAGGGUGCUGUACAUACUCCAGAGCCAGGACACCCUUCUCAGCUCCAACACUUGACAUUCUCUGUAACAUAUUCUGUGCAGUACUGAAAUAGCCCCUGCAGCACAGACUGAGGCCUGAGUGAUACAGAGGGGGAAAUCUUUAGGGAUGCACAGAUACAUGGAGUGAUGGCCCUGUUAAGAUCUGUUGAGAGACAAGAGCGGAAAUACAGAGAAGAAUCUCUGGGGAACCUACACAGGGGCUGGGACAGCAGAAAGCCCCAUCCCUGCUUUCCCCGCUACCAACUUUGUAGCAUAUGUUCCCCAUUGCUGCAACAGUGCAUCUGCCUUCCCCAUUUCAUUGUUAUGGUGGAAGCAGGUACAAUCAGCUGCAGAGAUCAGGGAAAGGAUUCUUCUUAACUUUCUUUGCAGUGAGUAUAUCUGCCAAUAAUGCUAAAUAAGGGUAUAUGCCUUCCCCUACUAUACACUGCCCCAUCCUCCCUGUGAGGGAGGGGAGAGCCUGAAAAAGAAGGAAAUGGGGUACCCUGCUCUUGCUCAUGUGCUUCCCUGUUUUCUUCCAUGAGAGAGAACCAGGGUUAAUGCUGAAGCAGGGCAAUUCAGACCCCACCAUGUGUGACCUGUACCUCCCCUUCUCCUGCCACCUGUUUUCUCCUGCAGCCUGUUCCAAAUGUGGGGAUAGGCUGCUUUUGCUGCAAGGGGGGAUUGUUCCUGUGUGGAAGAAAUAUGGAAUUUUAAAGUCUCAGGGGGAAGGCACGGUGGCCUGUAACAUUUUUGUAAAUAAACUCGUGGCAGAGGUGGGGGUUCUGUAGCAUUCCUUGACUAGUAUGUGGGUACUAUAUGGAGCUUUCCUUCAGUAAUGCCCAGAUGCAGGGUGAGUUCUGUAAGGCCAGCUCUGUGGGGCAUAGGCUAUCUCUUGCCACACUCACACCUGAGCUGGCUUAUACCUUCUCCUGUUCCCCAACAGGCACUCAACCACAGGAGUCCCUCACACUAGUGGAGCUAGAUUUACUGCUGUAUCUAUUAAUACUGCACCACUUAUGUUGGCCCUGGGAAUCUCCCAGCUCCAGCCCAAACUGGCUGCCCCAGCACUGUAAGAUCUGACAGACCACAGCCCUGCUGCAGUGGCACAGCUGUGAGCUAUGCAAGCACUCAAGUGAAGCCAAUGUAGGCACGCCUAGCCGCUGCUGUGGAAAUGACACUCCUGUCAACUCUGCAGCCACACUGCAUGAGAGACCCUGUUCAAGGGAGAGAGACACCAGAACGUCAAAUCCUUCCCAGCAAAACUCCUACCCCCCACUGAAGCACAAGGUAGCAUUUUAAUUACAGUAGUGAAGAACAAUGCAGGCUGCUGAACAGGAGCCCCAGGCUGGAGCCCUUUCCAGACACCAUUACUCCUGGCUCUCUGUUUAAAAGACAGUCUUUCCCCCGCCCUCAGAUUAAUUCUGCAGUUGAUCACAAAAAAAGAAAAGUUAUCUGAAUUGCAUAUCACACCACAUGCUGCUGAUCUGCUCACAUAAGGCCCCCACUCCUUAUCAGUGCUGCAGGAAAUCGGAUUGCUCUUGGCAAGGACAUAAGGAAGAGGGCUGUCCCUGGGUGCUAGUGGCACAUGGGCCACGGAGAGAGAAACAAAAGUGCUGUAUGCUACAGGAAGGGAUGUUGAGAACUCAAGCUAGACUUUUGCCUUCCAAGACCAUGCAGAAUGAAGGGCAAUAAGAGGGUGCAGUCCUCCAUCUAGAACAGCCAUUAUUAAAGCUUUGAUCAGUUUUUAAGCGGCAGCGUUAAGUCUUGCUGGAUUUCAACUGGGGCAGUUUGACCUUAUUGACCUAACACUAAACAUUUGUCUUAAUAAACUGGAACAUAGCAG